GAAUAUUUUCUUCCAAGCUUAUUUACGACGUUUCUCAUUGUCUAUGCUAUAGAUACGCAUCCCUGCGAUACAUACGGUUUAUAGCUUUUUAGUGACAAAUGUAUAGUAAAAAUGAAGGAAAACGCGGUACUUAAGUGGCAAAAAGUCUACAACCCCACCGGCCCUCAACCACGACCACGCCAUGGCCAUCGGGCUGUUGCUAUAAAAGAUUUGAUGAUAGUUUUUGGCGGCGGAAACGAAGGGAUUGUUCAUGAGCUUCACGUAUUCAACACUACUACAAACCAGUGGUUUGUGCCUGUUACGAAAGGGGAAGUGCCUCCAGGAUGUGCUGCAUAUGGAUUUGUGGUGGAUGGCACGCGGCUAUUGGUGUUUGGCGGCAUGGUGGAGUAUGGCAAGUAUUCCAAUGAUUUGUACGAACUACAGGCAUCCCGAUGGGAAUGGAAGCGUUUGAAGCCUUUACCGCCGAAACAAGGUAUACCUCCAUGUCCCCGACUCGGUCACAGCUUCACUCUCCUCAAUGGAAAAGUUUACUUAUUUGGCGGGCUAGCCAAUGAGAGCGAUGACCCCAAGAACAAUAUACCUCGAUAUUUAAACGAUUUAUACACUUUGGAACUCUAUCCAAAUUCAUCUAUGACUGUAUGGGAUAUUCCAUUGACAUAUGGUCAAUCCCCACCCCCUAGAGAGUCACACAGCGGAGUGUCUUACACUGAUAAAAAUACGGGGAAAUCUUCCCUUAUUAUUUAUGGCGGUAUGAGCGGAUCACGAUUAGGUGAUCUCUGGGUACUUGAUGUGGAUAGUAUGUCAUGGUCUCGGCCUGAAGUUGGUGGCCCAGCACCCCUACCUCGCUCCCUUCACACUGCAACUGUCAUCGGACAUCACAUGUAUGUGUAUGGAGGUUGGGUACCUCUUGUACCAGACGAGUCUAAACUUGCCACACAUGAAAAAGAAUGGAAAUGCACCAAUUCCCUUGCAUCUCUGAACUUAGAGUCCAUGACUUGGGAUAACAUUGCUCUGGAUAAAUUUGAAGAGUGUAUUCCACGAGCCAGGGCCGGUCACAGUGCUGUCGCAAUACAAACAAGAUUGUACAUUUGGUCCGGGAGAGAUGGUUACAGGAAAACAUGGAAUAAUCAGAUCUGUUGCAAAGAUCUUUGGUAUCUAGAAGUGGGAGUUCCACCUCAAGCAGGCCGUGUGGCACUUGUCCGUGCUGGUACUACGUCUUUGGAAUUAUGUUGGCCUGCUAUGAACACCAUUACAACUUAUGUUUUGCAAGUACAGAAGUGUGGCAAGGUGACCCCUGCACGCUUCCCAGCAGCCGCUGAGCCUGUGAACGCGCCUCCGCCGGCGUCUCCCGUGGCUUCGCAGCCAGACGCGACUAAAGCCUUCGGUCUCACUUCCCCCGUAUCGAGCGGACUGCCUCCGACGCCGACCGCAGAGGUGCCCGGCCGACCCCUCGCUGCGGCCGCGUCGCCUGCUAUACCACCUGUUCUUACCACACCACAGAAGGUCGUAUCUGCUGUCAAGGUUCCAGCUACAAUACAGUCUGCAACAGUUAAAAUAACACCAACCCCAACAUUAAAACAAACAACUUAUCAAGCCAAAACCAUUGUUAAAUCUCCGGCGUCAGUAGCAGCUGGAUCAUCACAGCAAAUUAAAGUGUCCGCUGUCACACCACAAGGCGUCACGAGGAUUGUCAGCGGAGUCGGUACUCCUGGCACCGUGCGGGUCUCCACAGCUCAGUCGAAUGCGCAGAUCGUGUUAAGUUCGGGAACGGCGGGCGGCGGCACCCCGCGCUUCGUACAAGUGAAGACUGGCGCGAGCGGCGCGGUGCCCGUGAAACUAGGAGCGGGCACGCCCGUCAAACUCGCCGGCAACGCGGUCCCUCUGAAAAUAGGCGCAGCCAAUAUUCAGGGCAAGAUAGCGGCUAACAGUGUCCAGAAGGUAGGACAGGUCGCGACCACCCCACUCAAACUAGGCGCGGGCAAUGUUAAGAUUGGUACGAGUAAUGUCCUUGUAAAGACUGCAGGUGGCGCGAUGCAGGCGGGUGUCGCCAAUCUCCAGACGAAAGUGGCGGCGGGAGUUCCUGUGAAAUUAGGAGCUGGUAAUCUGCCCGUGAUAGCGAGCAGCGGCGGGGCCAUUCAGAUCGCGGGCGGCGCUCUCGGUGGACAGAAGACGCCGGUCUACAAGAUCGUGACCGCCAAGUCGGGCGAGCAGACGGCGACAGUAGCGACCUCGACCGGAGCCGGCGGUGCCACAGUCCUCCGGCAGGCGGGCGGAAACGCGGGCAUCCCCGUCAUCAUCAAGAAAACUCCCGGCGCGAACGCCCAGUCCAGCAACACUCCUCAAUACGUAACGCUAGUGAAAACAUCGACAGGUAUGACCGUAGCUACCGUCCCGAAAGUCGCAAUGGUACAGAAUAGGCCAUCGGCGCCGGUCAGCGUGGCUCAAGGACAAGGUAUCUCCCCUGGCGCUACCAUCGUCAAACUAGUAUCAGCUAAUACAGUCGGCGGCAACAAGAUCAUUACGCUGCCGUCAAAUGUCUUGCAGCUGGGGAAAUCAGGUGUGGGGGGCAAGCAGACCAUCGUUAUCACAAAAUCAGCUAGCCAGACCUCUCAGGCCAAUCAACAGCAGUGAAGGGCUGAUGCAGUAGCUAAGUGAAAUGUUAGUGUCCUUAUGUGGAGCAUGAGUGAAGUUGCCAACACGCAGUGUUGUAGUAUCGGAGGUAUCUUGAUUGUAAAUUGUAUGAACACUCGUGAGUUGGACAAAACAUAGUAUAUAUUUUAAAUAGUAUAUGAUUUUUGUAUGUUAUAUGGGUCUGUGUAGAAAGUGUCCUCAUAGAGUUUUGACUAAAAUAUUUUAUUUACUCUUAACAAUAAUAUUAUUGAUAAUGCUGUCUGAACACAUGGCUUGCAGCCCCGCUUAAAGUUGUUACAGCACUCAAUGUUUUUGCACCAUGUACAAGUUAGAUAUGAAUGCUGGUGACCCAGUUUUUAACAAACUUGUAACUCUAUUGUGCACUCUGUAUAAUACUUGAUUAUGUCAUACAGACUUUUAUUCCAUUACUUUCUUUAACUCUCAGAGGCUAACUCUUCAGGAAAAGAGAUUACUCAUAAAAUUAUGAAUUAUUUUUUUUUAUAAAUUUUAUUGUUACCCCUUUUAAAAUUGAGUAGGAUCUGAAAAUGUAUAGAUUUUUCCGUCUUCCGCCUCUUAUAAAGUUGCCACUAUUCUUUUGCUUUCAAAUUCAGACAGCUGUGUGUAGUUAUAUAUAAAAUGUGUUAUACGUGCACCAUGGUUGUAAUGGUCUGGUUUUAGUACUGAUGGAUUCACAAAGUGAACAUGACCGUUAGAAGCAUGGGGGAAUGCUUUGUUUCUUAGUUUUAGUCAUAGUUGUGAGCUAAUACUGAUGCCUUUUUAUUUAGCUAAGUCACGGUCAGCGCUUUUUCAUACAAACUAAAAUUACCUGUCUGAAACAAAAUAUCCUUGAAACCAUUAAAUUAAAUGUUAAAAUUAGUUGUAUGGAAAUAAAUUACUAAUGGACAAAUCUAAGGCAUCUUUAUUAGCUCAGACUGAUUUGCAGAAUAAUUUAUAUUUAAGUUUUAUAUGACAAUGAUUGUUGAUGUUUUUGCUGUAGUGCCCCGCUGUGGCCGGUGGCUCCCAGGGCUUCAAGACCAUUUCAUCAGUUUCAGUAUUACUACAGGCCACAGCGAAGCACUAUUUCGGGAGUAUGAGUGUACCUGUGUUUUACUAUCCACCGUGGUUUAGAUGUGAGGUUUUAUUGCAUGUUUAAACAUGGUCAGUUUCUAAAUUAUUUUCUAUUAGAAUUUCUUAACAAUUUCAUUAUUGCGUUUUUGACGCACGCACACAUAUCCUACCCUAAUCCAACCAUCUUAUGGUUAAAUAGUAAUCUUUAGCAUUGAUGAUCUAUGAACGUAGUUUUCUCUUUUCCUCUGUGAUAGUUACAAUGCCUCUUCCAUUUUGCUCUAUGCUAUACACUUACAUUAUAUAAACAUUUGAAAAUACAUGAGACACAUGACAUCAAUUUUUGCUAUUACCAGUAUGUAUGUAUUUUGCACUGAGCUGGUUAAACACAGAAUGUACAAGAGUUUUUAAACCACACAGAAAUCACGAAAAAUGAGGUCCUUGUGUCAAUAUGUUUCCAUUUAGAAGUAAUCCUAAUGAGGAAGGAAUAUUACUCCAUUUAUUUUAUUCCCAAGUAUAUGUUUAACAUGGAUAAAGCCUUACAAAUGAAUGUUAAAGCAGACUUGACGCUGAUUGGUGAUUUCUGUCGCCCACUGGUACACUGUCGCAUCCCGCUUUUCGCAAUAAAAUCUUUUUUAUCAUGAUACGCCGUGUCGAGCCGUGUAGGCCUCAUUGAUCGGCCUCACUGUAAAUGCGACGAACACGGCACUUUUACUAUAUUUAAUGACAACUUUAUUGAUAACUAAUUUAUCAAUAACUGUUCUAUAAGAAUUAAUUGACGUACAAAUGCAGAAUAUCGUUUUGUAUGGGAAGGGCGGGUUUUAUGUCAAAUUAUUUGAAUUUUUAUUUUUGAUAUGGAUUCAAGUUUGUUACUUGUGCUAAAAUUGUAUUCUGCAUUUAUAUACAGUUUAGGAUAAGAGUCCUAGAUGUAUUUACAUAUAGAUAUUAUAAGGUAAGCGAGGUAUGGAAUGUAAAUAUCAUUAAGUAGAUAAAUUUAAUGUUAUAGUUUGUUCAUAAUAUGUUCAUUUGCUUGAAUAAACGAUUUGGAUAAA